GCAGCAGAUUCGUCUGACUGCCUUGCCACACGCGAUAUACUGAGAUUUAGAAGCGUUAUUUAGCAUCCCUUCCAGUACAGUCUGUUGACUGUUAGGACUAUUCGUCCACGUUGUUUCAUCCUUUGAUGACAGUCUGAAGUCCCUUUGCUUAAUCAGCUAGGGUCGCAAUUGUCACAGGAACCAUGUGGAAGGAGACACUCGUAUUCGUGCUGGCCUGCCUGGUGCUCAUCAGAGCCCAGGGCAUCGCCCAAGAGACAUCUAGAGGAAGCAGAGGAGAGGCUGCUGCAAACACCGAAUCUAUCCAGAACCAACAAGCUAUCAACAGUGGAGACAAAGCCGGACCAGUCUAUUCUGGACCAUCUGGCAUGUACUCUCCAGGUGAUGAGGGACUCCCCGGAGAGGCUGGACCCCAAGGACCCCCAGGACCUUCCGGAGAGAGCGGUCGUCCCGGAAUCCCAGGAAUGCCCGGACCCAAGGGACACAGAGGAAUCCGUGGUGAGGAUGGUUCCCCAGGAAGCUCUGGCCCCUCUGGACCCGUAGGACCCCCAGGAAACCCAGGAUUCCCCGGAUCUCAGGGACAGAAGGGAGAUGCCGGUUCUUACGGAUCUUCCGGAGAUGUCGGACCCCCAGGACCCGCCGGAUCUGAUGGACUUCCCGGAGCCCCCGGACCUAACGGAAUCCCCGGAGAGAGAGGACAAGAUGGAAGCUCAGGAGCCAAGGGAAACAGAGGACCCGCCGGAUCCACUGGCCAGCCCGGAUUCCCCGGACCCCAAGGACCCCCAGGAAACUCCGGAGAGCCAGGAACCCCUGGAAACAAGGGAGACAAUGGUGCUGUCGGAAACCCCGGACCUGCUGGAAACACAGGAGCUAGAGGACCACCCGGACCUAGCGGACAAGAUGGAUCCCCCGGAGAGCGUGGUGCCCCAGGAAACGACGGUAUUGAUGGUGAGGCUGGCGAGCAAGGCCCAGGAGGACCCCCAGGACCCCCCGGACCCGGAGGACCCUCUGGAGGAAGAGGCGAGCAAGGACCUGAGGGACGCCCCGGACCUGAGGGAAGAACUGGCCCAUCUGGACCCCGUGGAGAGAGAGGACCCGCCGGAGAGGCUGGAGGCCCAGGAGGACCCGGACAACCCGGACCCCCAGGAGAUGAUGGACCCCAGGGACCCGCUGGAGACACUGGACUGCAAGGACUUCCCGGACCCCAGGGAGGCCGCGGAAACGAUGGACGCCCCGGAGACCCAGGACAGGCUGGACCCCAGGGAGAGUCUGGACCCCCAGGAGCUUCUGGAGAGCAAGGAUUCCCCGGUGAGGGAGGACCCCCAGGAGCCCGUGGUGCCCCCGGAGAGAGAGGACCCGGAGGACCCCCAGGAGAGGGCGGACCCGCUGUGAGUACUGACAGACUGGACAAACACACUCACGCACAUAUACAAGCACGCUCGCAGAUUCACUCAGGACCCGUAGGAGAGUCUGGACGUGACGGAGAGAUGGGACCCCCAGGAGAGUCCGGUCCCGAGGGACCCCCAGGACCUAGUGGACAAUCUGGAGCCGCCAGCGAGCGCGGAGAGCCCGGACCCCCCGGAGCCCCCGGAGAGGCUGGAGCCCCAGGAGCCCCAGGAAGAGACGGAAACGCCGGACCCCCAGGACCCGCUGGACCCGCCGGACCUCAGGGAGUUCCCGGAGAGGCUGGAGGCCAAGGAGAGGAUGGACGUGCUGGACCUAGAGGAGACACUGGACCCCGUGGAUACGCCGGCGAGCCCGGACCUGCUGGAGAGGAUGGUCGCCCAGGAAGCGAUGGACCCAAGGGUAACGAUGGAGAGCCAGGUGCCCCCGGAGAGGCUGGACAGCCCGGACAACCAGGACUUUCUGGACCCCAGGGACUGCCAGGACCCCAAGGAUCUGCUGGAAGCCCAGGACCCUCUGGCGCCCAGGGAGAGAGAGGAUCUCCAGGACAGACCGGACCCCCAGGACCUUCCGGUGAGGAUGGUCGCCCAGGAGCCCCAGGAAACGAUGGACUUCCAGGAGAGAGAGGAAGCUCUGGACUCCCCGGACCCUCUGGACCUUCCGGCCCCGUCGGACCCCAAGGAGAGAGAGGUUCCCCAGGAUUCUCUGGUGCCCAAGGAGAGCCAGGACCCGCUGGACCCGUCGGAGAGAUGGGUGAGCCCGGAGUCUCUGGAAGAGACGGAAGCGAUGGACCCGUCGGACCCCCAGGAGCCCCAGGAUCUGCUGGACCCGCUGGAUUCCCAGGAGAGCCCGGAUACCCCGGCGAGAGAGGACUCAACGGCGCUGCUGGAGUGCAGGGAAGAGCUGGCGAGAAGGGAUCUCGUGGACGCUCUGGACCCCCAGGACCACCAGGAGCUGUCGGUGCCCCAGGAGGCCCCGGAGCUACCGGACCCGCUGGAGCCCAGGGAGAGAGAGGCGAGAGAGGUGACCGUGGUUCCCCAGGACCCGCUGGACUUACCGGAAGUGUUGGAGCCGCCGGUGUGCAAGGACCCCAAGGAGAGACUGGACGUCGCGGAAAGAACGGCGCCAAGGGAGAUAAGGGAUGGCCCGGACGUCCCGGUGGUCAAGGACUCCCCGGACCCCAGGCGAAUACUGGGUUGAUCCCAACGAGGGAUCUGCUGAGGAUGCCAUCCUUGUGUACUGCAAGUUCGACACUGAGGAGACCUGCGUGAACUCCGCUUCCAACGUCUUCAAGGGACAGAGAUGGACCAAGAACACCAGCCCAGGACAAUACUUCAUGGAGGAGCUGAACAACGGCAAGGAGUUCUUCUACAAGACCGACUCCCAGCAACUCAGAUUCCUGCAGCUUCUGUCCAGCGGUGCCCGCCAGACCAUCACCUACUCCUGCCUGAACUCCAGCCCCUUCGGCUCUCGUCUGACCUCCAUCAAUGGCGAUGACCUCGACACUUCCGUCAACCGCCACAAGAGAACCACCUUUAUCGAUGUCGUCGACGACUGCUCCAAGGACAACCAAUGGCACGAGGCUGUCUUCCAUGUCCGCACCAACAAGACCGACGUGCUGCCAGUUGUCGACAUGCUGCUCUUCGAUGUCGGUAUGGAGAACCAGCAAUUCGGAGUUGAGGUCGGCAUGGCUUGCUUCAGCUAAGCGCUUUAACUCGUCAAAACCAGAGAUGCAAUUUACAAAAUUCAAAUCGCUGAAAGAAUCUCAGAAGAUGAGAAAUAUUAUAUGUUCUUUUUAGAUCACUUCAAGAUAAUGCCAGUCAAUUUCUUAUAAAGAAAGAGACUCCUGUUUGUUUCCUGUUCGUAAAAGUCUAUUAUGCUGUUGUGUUAAUUUCUGAAAAGCUCUGCAUUGACAGAUGACCGUGUGAAAGUAGAGAGAGAGGAUUCUUACCAUCUUUCCAUUUCAUUUUAUGAAUGAAAGGAGGACAGCAAGAAACCAUUUGAGUCAAUUGAAAUUGCAUUAUCUUUGAAUACCAUUAUUGUUUUGUAUCAUUUUUUUUGUGUGGUUUCAAUCAUCGGUGAUCCGAAGAGGUGCCUUAUCAAAAUCCGUCCAUCACUAUAUGUUAAUGCAACCAUGUGUGUUUUCCAUUAACUCCAUGGCGUAUGUGAUUCGUCCUUGUUGUUGUCGUCAAUGUUUUUGUCCUCGUCUUGUCUCCUACAAAACAAGAGCAGCUAUAAAUUUUUGCCUUCCAGCGAUCAAAUUUUUCCAAGAUGAAUUUUCAUCUGUUGGUCAUACAGCCAGCGUUUUGCCAUCACGUGUGUUUUAAAUUUCCCUAAUAUUGCACUAACAUACGUAGUGUUCAUUGCCUUUCAUUUUUACAAAUCGAAGACAAGAAAUUUUCACUUACUAACUAAAAGAUCGCAGCUUAGAAUGAAGUGUAGGUUUUGGCUUUGCCCGCUGAAUCAGACACCGAACGGAAGUGUAGUGACACUAGAUCACCAAAGACUAUACAGAUUAACUCAUAACCUCGUAUAUUGAGGUAUACAAUGAUUGUUCUUUGUGUUAUGUGCAAUUGCUCGUUACCAAAGGAAGAGUGAAAGUAUUGUAAUAAUUUUCAGCUGUAUUUUCACAUGGUUUUGUUCUUUUCUUUUGAAUGUCGUGUUUCAAUAAGUUGGUAAAAAUUCAGUUAUCGCUUUUUGCUUUGUUUUGUUUCUGAUUCCUGUAAAACUGCUUUGUUCUGUUACUUGGGGCAAAGGGCCUUCUCUUUUAAGAAAUGCGUCAUUUAAUAUUCUCGUUCUCAUUUCUGUUUGAGUGUGUGUCGCGUCUCUUGACACUACGAGGAGACUGCUAGACCCUACAGCACACCGCGAGCGAGCUAGCCUACCGAGUUUUAUCACGAAAGAAACCAAACAUGCUGCCAACUGUGAUUCGAUAUUUUUUUUCAGUAUAAGAUAUUUUAUUUCAUAUGCUCAGUUUGUCUAGAGCAACGGUGUUCUGUAGGCUGUGCCAACAAUGCGAGGACACUAUCCACACGGUGCCCGCACAACUCAAAGCUGUCUCCUCUUGGAGAUCGAGGAUAGACUAGUGACGUCAGUUCUUAGAAAAGCUGAUGCUGCUUUGGUCACAAUAGUAGUGCUAGUUCCGGAAGUAUAUUGGAAGAAUACGUGAGAUGGGUAGCUUGUACUGUCUUGAAUAUAUAAUAAUGUAUCGUAACACAAGUAUUUGUAUUCUGCUAAGCGUAAGAAAAAAGAAAAGAAUAUGGUGUUCAUUGAAACAUGUACAAUACGUUCGCUAAGAAUGCCAGAGAAUGAAUGUAUCGCCUCUGUCACAAGUUGAUGCUCUUGAGAGACAUGACAAAGACCACCAAGCCAGUGCAUUUUGCCAUCAGUUACCACCGUGUUGUCAUGAACAUCAAUAAACAAAAGUAAUUUCCAAAGAA